AUGAGAAGAAAACAACAAACCAAAAUUAUUCCUUCACCACCUCCUGCAAAUGAGGAGAGUAAUAAUGAGGAGAACAACAAUGAGGAGAACGAUAUUAAUAUGGAUUCUCAACAUGAUAAUUCAGAAUCUAAUUUAGAAAAUAAUUCAAAUAACAACGCUCAAAACCAAGAUACAAAUGAACCAAAUGUUCAGACAAAUUCUUCACAUUCUACAACUCCACCCCACCCCUUUCCAUUAAUUCAACACCAAACUCAAAAUCAACCUAAUUUGGAAACAACCCAAACAAUUUUCGCCGCAUUUUCUGAAAUGGCAAAGUAUAUUACAAUGCCUAUCCGCAAUAGUCAAGCUUUAACAUCAGUUAAUCAUAUGGCAACUCAAGCCAAAUUUGAAAAAUUUAAUGGCAAUAAUAGUAAAGUGGCAUUCCAACUUUUGAGACAAUUAGAACAAUCAAUAAACAACUUUGAAUCAGUAAAAGGUGAUCCACUUAACCUGUUAGAAUUUAUGGCGAUUUCGGUUGCACAUUUUGAAGGUGCGGGGUUGGAUAUGGUUAUAGACUUUAUUAAUUCUGAAGCACUGAAUAUUACUUCAAAUAAACUUUUAGAUUUCAUCAGAACUCAAUUAGUCGAUCCUAAUUUGGAAUUUAACUUAUCAGGAGAAUUGUACAACUUUAAACAAAUGUCUAACUUUAAAGCUUACAAACAAAGUUUUCUAAAGUUAAUCAACAAAUUUCCACAACCUUAUCUGAAUGAAUUGGAGAAAUUUAUCGUUCAUCAAUUUGUUGAAAAAGCUACACCUGGCAAUAGGUCAUAUUUGAGGGCUCAUUGCAAAACAAUAACUGAUAUUAGAUCUAUCAAUUUAUCAGAAGAACUUCUCAAAUCAGAUUCCAAUCAUUUCAACAAGCAAAAUAAGAAACGUUUUAGAUCAUCAAAUGACAAUUCUGAUACUACUACUUCAACUGGUCAAAGUUCUACCAAAUCCAGUUCAUCAGCUUCACUUACUGAUGGUUCUCCACCUGCCAAAAAGAAACGUGUUUUCUGUAAGAAACACAAUUCAUGGGGUUAUCAUACUACUUCUGAAUGUCGUAUCGGCUCAUCAUCAUCUUCAAAACUGGCACCCAGAUCCAAGUCUAAGACCGUCGAUAAGGAUACUACGGAGGAGAAUUCAAAAAAAUAA